CAACCAUGAGAGUAAGCAGCUUCCUGCUGCACCUGCCGCUAGUCUUUCUGUUGAUUGGAGCUCCGGAGCUUAUAGCUGAUAAUCAACCAAAGCGCCUCCAUGUUAACGCAAGAAGUGGAUAUCGUUCAAGAUCCGGGAGGAACUUCGAACCAUCGAAGAGCACAAGUAAUGAAACUGCUUUAGCCGUAUCUGGCUCUGUGAGCAAUAUCACAGUCGAAUCAGCCUUCGAAGUGAAUAACUUUCCACAGGACCAAUCAACUAAAAAGACGGUCUUAGAACCACAUACAGACACUGAGAGUAACCGUGCCUACGAAGAUGGUGAAGGGAAUGAGAUUGCGAGACAGGCGGCCUCGCAAGCUUCCCAACGUCUACGUCCGUUUUCUUCAGCGAGGAGACCGCCACACGCUGCAAGAACUCAGCCAACGCCUAGACGAGUCUCCGGGUCCAGACGGCAGAACCUGGAAGCAAUCCCCACUGCUCGUUCUGCACGCCCGUCGCAGAGACGAUACACUGUGCCUAAAAGGCAGCAGUCGUCAGCCAUUUCACCGGUCAACUCCGAGAUAAGCACUGCAGAAGAAGAUGUUUCCUCUGCGGAUCAGAGCCCUUCUGCCAGCACAGAUGCGAAUAUUUUGCGAAGACGUGGUUCUGUUACCUACAGAACGUCGCCGUCUAGGCUCAAAAGACCGAACACGAUACAAUCAAGUAGAAAUGAGGAAGAAGUGGAAGAACCUGCUGAACAAUCGUUGGUUGAAGAAAGGUUGCAAAAGCCACACGGACCCGACUCUGAGAAAGGACCAGCUAGUGAACCACAGGUCUCAACCACGACAAAGUCAUCAAAUACCGAUGCACCAAUUGUGGACGAAACUACUACUGAAGACAAAAUCACGGGCACCGAAAACCGAACCUCCACGUCUGCCAGUGCUUCCUCCGGAUCGCUAGUAGAUCCAGGCCUGGAAGACGAAAAACAAUCAUCAGAACGAAGACUCAACGCAGUACCCAACGCCAGGGUAGUCCCGGUAUACAGGGUUGUCAAACAACGUCGAAGACGACCUGAAGACUCUGCUACCGCAGCUAAAGCUCCUCACGAUGCCCAAGGGGAGAGAGCCCCAACGGCCUCCUCUGGCCGGAACCCUCAACGGAGACGCAAGAAGAAGAAUCGCUCUCGCAGCCAAGCCCCGAGUAGCUCUCAGGUAACUGGCGGGUCAGCAGUCACAAGUUGGCAGCCACCUCCAUCGCUGCCUCCUUCAUCAGGUGCGGAAGGAGGACGGAAAGUCGUCUGUUACUACACUAACUGGUCGCAGUAUAGGCCUGGAUUGGGGAAGUUUCUACCGGAUAACUUGGACCCUUUCCUCUGCACUCACAUCGUGUUCGCAUUCUCUUCUAUGAGUGAAAACCGUCUCUCACCAUUUGAGGAGAACGACUUAGCGAUGCCGGACGGCGGGCCGGGCCUCUAUGAGCAGGUCACUGCUUUCAAACAGGUCAACCCGAAACUGCGCGUCCUGCUGGCUCUUGGUGGCUGGUCGUUCGGGACAAAGAAGUUCAGAGAUAUGACCAGAAAUCGGUACAACCGGCGUACAUUUGUCUAUAGCGUGGCACCUUACUUGCGCGACAAAAACUUUGACGGCCUCGACUUGGACUGGGAGUACCCCAAGGGCGCCACGGACAAAAAUAACUUCGCUCAACUCUGCAGAGAACUCCGUGAGUCGUUCGAAGAGGAGGCGGAACAGAGCGGUCUGCAGCGGUUACUGCUGACCGCAGCCGUGCCCGUCGGACCCGACACUGUCCGACGGGGGUACGACGUCAGAGAACUGGCCAGGCACCUGGACCUGUUCCACCUCAUGGCGUACGACUUUCACGGUCAGUGGGAGAGCCAGACUGGCCACCAUUCUCCGCUGAACGCUCCUCUCAGAGACGUGGCCCACCGUCGUCAGCUCUCCGUGAACGCUUCCGUGCAGAUGUGGAUGGAUAUGGGGGCGCCGGCACAUAAAAUCGUACUCGGGGUGCCCACAUACGGUCGCAGUUUCACCCUGGCCACCACUACGAACACUGGAGUAAACGCCCCGACGAGAGGCGGCGGAGCUCCUGGACCGUUUACAAAUGAAGAGGGAAUUCUUGCUUACUAUGAGAUUUGUCAGCGUCUUCUUUCUGGUGCUGUCUACAUUUGGGACUACGAGAUGUCGGCUCCCUAUCUCGUCGACGGCGAUCAGUGGGUUGGAUUCGACGACGAGCGGUCCGUCAGAAUGAAAAUGGACUUUGUCAAGGAGCUGGGCCUGGCCGGCGCGAUGGUUUGGGCGGUGGAUAUGGACGACUUUACGACCGCUGGAUGUCAGGGAGCCGUCUACCCGCUCAUAACUGCGAUCAGGGAAGAGCUACUGGGCGUCGCCCGACCUGACCUAGCACCUGACAUUAAUUGGUCGGAGGUAGCGGGACGUCCGGAGCCACCGAUACCAACCAACCCGCCGGAGCCGCUACUCCCAGUUCUCUCUCAACUGAGUGCCGCUGAUAUACUGGCCAUUCUCACCGCACAUGGUAUAAGUGUCGAUUCUGCUGCGGUUCAAAAGCUUCAGGCACAGGUGGCCAGAACUCAAGCUUCUGCUUCUUCCACGUAUGCUUCCGAAGAUGUUCAAACACUUGACCAGCCAAUCGUUGAAGAAAACUUGGCUCCGCCGAAGGUUUUCUGCUACAUCACUGAUUGGUCGCGAUUCCGACCUGGCCGGGGUCGGUUCCGCCCCAGUGACCUUGACCCUGACCUCUGCACGCACGUGGUUUGGGCGUUCGCGGGUCUGUCCCAAGAUCGGCUGCAGCUGCCCUCGCCCGAUCAGCGUCGGUCAGAUCCGGACAGUGAUUAUCAACAGCUGCUGAGAUUGAAGGAGGUCAACGCAGAUCUGAAGAUUUUGGUCAGCCUGGGAGGUAGCGUCGUGGAUAAUGAGCAGUUCAGAGAGCUGACCUCGAGCGACUACAGAAUGAACACCUUCGUGUACGACACCGUCGACAGCAUCCGCAGGCUGAGGUUGGACGGACUGGAACUGGCCUGGGAGUACCCCAGCGGUAAUGAGGACCGAGACGCAUACAGUCGGCUGGUCAAAGAGUUCCGGUUGGCGUUCAACAGCGAAGCAUCGGCCAAUGAGAGAGCUCGCCUUCUGCUGACGGCAUCUCUGCCCGGCUUUCCUGCUGACCUUCAGAAUGAGUACAACAUCCGGGAGAUCUCUGAGCACGUGGACCUGUUGAACCUGCUGGCGUUCGACCUGCACGACACCCUGGUGGACGUGGUGCGACACGGCGCUCCGCUGUUCCCUCUACAGAGCGCGACUCCACAGGAGCAGCGGUAUCUCAGUGUGGACGACGCGGCUCGUACCCUGCUCGAAGAAGGUGCUGCCCCAGAGAAGAUCCUCAUUGGUCUGGCCACGUACGGUCGUUCAUUCACGCUGAAGAGUCAGGACCAGUACGACAUUGAUGCACCCCACCUGGGCGCUGGAAAGGCGGGGAAGUACACAGGCGAUCCCGGCUUCGCCGCUUAUUUUGAGAUCUGUGAAUUGCUGGACCAAGAGAACACCACUUUAGUUUGGGACGCAGAACAGCAAGUGCCGUUUGCCUUCAACGGUGACUACUGGGUUGGAUUUGACGACGAGAAAUCGCUGGAGAAAAAGGUCGAAUGGCUGCGAGAGCUGGGGCUGGGAGGCGUCAGUAUUUGGUCGGCCGACCUGGACGACUUUAGCGGCGCCUGCGGCGGCGGCCGGUACCCUCUGAUGUCAGCAGUGCGGGAGGCACUGAGGGGGUACCGUGUGCGUUACACGUAUGACGGGGUAACGGUGACGCCUGGUGCCAGUAGUCGCCCUGGAGCGAUACUUCCAUUGACGGCAGUGGGUGCCGCCGAACCCGUGACGUGUACAGACGGCGACAAUGACGUCACCUACCACCGUGACCCGCUCGACUGCCGUCACUACUACCUGUGUCAGGGGAGGGUGCGACACCGAAUGCCCUGUCCGAGUGGCCUGGUGUUCAAUGAGGAGCAGUCUGUGUGUGAUUGGCCGGAAAAUGUGGAGAGGUGUUGGGGUUGACAGCGCGGCCCCGGCUGCCGGCUGAGAAAUUAUCAUUCUUUCAGUUACUUUAGAAACCUACAUGAGCGAAGGAAUGCAGACUAAAAUUGAGAUUACGAUAUAAUGCUCAAUACUAAAUUGGCCGUUUGCAAAGGGCAUUUUCUUGCUCAUGCUUCUAGAGAAAGGGAUGCUUGUUGAGCCGAAGUGAGUGUGCCUGCUCAUUGUGAACAUGUCUAUAGAUUAGUGGUUGGAGACUGCCAGUAUCAUUGCAUUCUUCUCAUAUUUAGAAACCUUCCGUGCUGUACAAAGCCUAUUGCAGUAUGCCUGAUGCCAGUAUAAGUGCCAUUUCGUACAGUUUCAGCGGUAGAUAUUGCCGAUGCAACUGUUGUGCUGCCGUUGACCUUAGGCCAACUUAGUGAUGUGCUGUACUGUUAUGUAUGUGUGACUUGUAAAUUGUGCAAGACGUGCGAUAGGUUUGUUCUAUGUAUGUACCCUGGCGAUAGGUAUAGGUGUAGACAUAAGAUGAAACACGGGGGAGUCGCUUGAGUCGCUGCCUGUUCCGUACCUUCUGUCGUUUUUCUCUCAUAAUGCAAGAUAAGCCCCUGAUGAUGUAGCGUAUGAGACAAUAAAGAAACAUGACUUGCAUCGAAUAAACGCUGAUAUACCGAAUAAACA